UUGAUUUCUAAUUGUUGUGUAUUGAUUCAUCUCUUGAUUUUAAUUUUUUUUUUCUCUUGUUUACUUUUCUAGUCAUACAAUGGAAGGACUCUUACCUCACUUUUUCAUACUUACAUUGUUUUUGGGUGACAAUUUACUCACUGAGGCUUCUAUAAAGUAUCCUUAUGUAACCUGUGGUUCAGUUGUUAAAUUGGUGAAUAAAAAUUUUCAAGUGAGACUUCACUCUCAUGAUGUUAAAUAUGGAUCUGGUAGUGGUCAACAAUCAGUGACCGGUACACCUGAAAAAGAUGACAUGAACAGCUAUUGGGCUGUUAAAGGAGCUUCCACAGUAGAAUCUUGUAAAAGAGGUGAACCCGUUGCAUGUGGAGCUAAAAUACGUUUGGAACAUGUCAACACAAAGAAAUACCUUCAUAGUCAUUUAUUUAAAUCACCUUUAUCUGGUAAUCAAGAAAUCAGUGCAUUCGGUGAGAAUGGAGAAGGAGAUUCUGGUGAUAAUUGGACGGUUGUUUGUAGUGAAGAUUUUUGGGAAAGAGAUUCUUCCAUCAGGUUUAAACAUCUUGACACUGAAGCUUGGUUGGGUGUCUCAGGUCGAACCUAUGGAAGACCAAUUCAUGGACAAGCGGAAGUGGUCGCAACAUCUUAUCCGGAUAGUUCUAGUUACUGGCAAUCCCAAGAAGGCGUUUUUAUCAAACCUUCCGAAAUGAGGGAUUUUAGUAAUUCAAUUAAAGACGAACUGUGAUUUUUUUCUUCUUUUCCACUUAUAGAUAACAUUAAACUAAUUUAUUCACGAUGUUA